AUGUUUAUCUCACUUUUAGGGAUUUUUAUUUACAGGAUGCAAACAAUCAAAUGUGUCGUAGUUGGUGAUGGUGCAGUAGGUAAAACAUGUCUUCUUAUAUCGUAUACGACCAAUAAAUUUCCUUCCGAAUACGUUCCAACAGUGUUCGACAACUAUGCGGUGACCGUUAUGAUUGGUGGCGAACCGUACACGUUGGGUCUUUUUGACACUGCUGGUCAAGAAGACUACGACCGCUUACGACCACUCUCCUACCCACAGACUGACGUUUUCCUUGUCUGUUUUUCAGUCGUAGCUCCAGCUUCAUUCGAGAACGUCCGUGAGAAGUGGGUGCCAGAAAUUGCACAUCACUGCUCAAAAACUCCUUUCUUACUUGUUGGCACACAGGUGGAUUUACGUGACGAUCCGUCGAUGCUGGAAAAAUUAGCUAAGAACAAGCAGAAACCUAUUUCGUCGGAUACAGGAGAGAAGUUGGCAAAGGAACUUAAGGCAGUGAAAUAUGUAGAGUGUUCAGCUCUUACACAGAAAGGAUUGAAGAAUGUAUUCGAUGAGGCCAUAAUGGCUGCCUUAGAACCUCCACCAAUGGAGAAAAAGAAGAAAUGUUCAUUGCUGUGA